CAGUUCUCUAUAGACCCCUUGUACCUUUCAAGCAAAUAGUUUCACCUAGAGGUGCAGCUCCCUUGGGCUAAGUUGAGGUGUUCUUUGCAACAGUGAACUAAACCACCAAAGUAAAUGGUAGUAUCUCAUGAUUAAUGGGUCAGAAGAGGAGCAAUGAGCUGAAAAGUCAGUUACUGAUCUACUCAUAAUGGGUUCUGAAAAAGAUCCAUUGAUGAAGGAGCUGGAGGAGGAAUUAAAACUGAGCACCGAUGAUCUUCGCAGCCAUGCUUGGUUUCAUGGUCCUAUUCCACGGCAGGUAGCAGAGGCACUAAUGGAAAGAGAUGGAGACUUCCUCAUUCGAGAAUCUCACUCCAGCCCUGGAGACUACGUGUUGAGCUGCACCUGGAAGCAUGAACCUCUCCACUUCAAGAUCAUUCGUGUGGUCCUCCGGCGUAAGGAGUCCUACACCCGUGUGCUCUUCCAGUUUGAACAGGAGAGCUUUGAUAACCUCCCAGCACUAGUGCGGUUUUACGUAGGAAACCGCAAGCCAAUUUCCGAGGACAGUGGAGCAAUAAUUUUUCAUCCAAUAAACCGCAUUGUCCCCUUGAGAUGCAUUGAAGAAGAAUACAGAGGAGCAUCAGAUCAAAGAAAACAUGAGAUUGAAUUGACAACCAAAAACCCUGAUCAGAAUAAAAGAUUCAGCUUAAAUCUGUCUGAAGGUGUAUCUUUGGACCAGCUUACUGUGGAUGGAAAUCUUUUAAGGAAUAAGGACAAGAGUGGCAGUCAUCCAAAUAUUCUGGACUAUGGGAAUGACAAAAAGCCAUUGCAGUCUGCCCAGUCUGACAGCUACCUUUCAGGAGGACCCAAAGACGUUACUCAAGCAAAUGGAACAUACAAAUCAGUACGUCCUUCAUCACUAAUGUAUAGGACAGGGAGUGACCCGCUAAUCAACCCCAAAGUAUUCCUAAAACACUUUGGCUCCCAGAAUAAUAUGGUGCUGAGAGGUUCUGAUGGGCAGUUACACUGCAAGGCUCCCCCAAAACCACUCCGAAUUCCAUCUGCCAUGAUUCUGGACACAGUAAUGGAUCCAACCUUGGAUGGAAAUGUCUAUUGUGAGCUAGUGCCACAUAUUCCUCAGGCUGGUCAGAUCCAGACUCACAUGGAGAGGUUACGAACCAUGGAGCGAUUAAAGGGCCGGAUCCGUAGGACAGACACCGAUUUUGGUCUUCUGGAUUUGGAUGCAUAUUCAGCUUCAAUGAAGACCCACCAUGAAGAAGAUAAUGAAGAUGAUGAUGGGGACUGGUCAUUCGUGUGGCCUCAAAUUGAGACCACAAGUUCAUUUAAACUUGAUAGUUUUACUUCCAUCUUACUUCCUGUUGACAACAAACCUCUUGAUCCAUCUGUGCUUAAACGCCUCAAAGAAAUAUUUUGUGAAAAUGAUGCAAAAACUACAGCACAACAUAUUCUGAAAGUGGACUGUGAGGUUGCUCGGAUCAUCGACGUAUCCUUGGAACAGAAGAUGAUGAUGGGAGUGAGCUCAGGGCUGGAUCUGAUCACAUUACCCCAUGGGCACCAGCUGAGGAUGGACCUCCAGGACAGACAUCAUUUAAUAGCCCUGGGCAUUGCUGUGGACAUCUUAGGCUGCACGGGAAGUGUUGGACAAAGGUCUGCAGUCCUUCAUAAAAUUAUCCAACUAGCUGUUGAGCUAAAAGACUCCAUGGGAGAUCUCUUCGGACUUUCAGCCAUUAUGAAAGCAUUGGAGCUGCCCCAGAUCGUGCGUCUUGAGCACACGUGGAGGACUCUGCGCCGGAAUCACACUGCUUCUGCUAUCAAGUUUGAAAAAGAGCUCAAACCCUUUGCUAAAUCCUUGAAUGAGGGAAAAGUUGAGCUUCCUCUGCAAAAUACCACUGUUCCACACAUUCUGCCCAUCAUUAUGCUGAUGGAGCGCCAGUCAGUGUCUGAUGUUAUGGAAACGUGGGAUAACAUAGAGCAGGGUUGCACCAUGCUGCUUAAGACAUUGGAGGCAGCUCGUAAUGUGACAUUGAAUGCUGCAACAUAUCGGGCCAAUGCAGAGGCCAAACUGAAAGAUUUUCACGCUAAUGAUGAAUUGUUAGAGGCUUUCAAGACUGAAUUUGCUUUACGAUUGUUCUGGGGCAACAAUGUAACUGAUAUUAGUCGGACUGAGAGAUAUGAAAAAUUUGAUAAAAUCCUGAGUGCCUUGUCACGGAAACUAGAACCUCUGGGACCAUCGGAAAUAUAGAUCAGAAUUGUGGACCCUUGUUGAUAUAAGCAAAUAGCUGCUGAUACCCUCAUGACGUUACUGAACAAAAUGAAAACAUCAAGUGUGCAUCCAACGUCACGUGGGAUAUGUUCUCAUAUUCAGUUCAUUCAUCUCCUUCCUCAAUGAGCAAAUAUUACUUUACUUUGUGACCGUGGAAACCUUACUUCUCUGAUUGUACCUGCCAACUCUGUGACCUCUACCACCUAGAAGGAUGAGGUUGAUGGUCAAGUCAGAAGAACACUGCAUCUAGGUAUCCUUCCAAGUCGCGUGCUAUCCUGACUCAUAUGUAUGAGUGAUAGCCAUUGUUGCUGGGUCAAAAUCUUGGAACUCCCUACCUAAUAACAACAUGUGAAUGAACUUUUUAAAAAGUCACUGCAUGGACUGCAGUGGUUCAGGAAGAUGAUUCACUACCAUCCUCUCCAAGACCAACUACAGCUUCACAAUAAAUAUCCACUUUAUCAAUAAUGUCCACAUUUCAAGAGGUUGUUUUAAAAUUCUUUCAGUUUUCCAUGUACAGUGCUUCCUGUAGAGAGAUCAGUAUUGCUAUAACGACUCUUCUUAGUGGGGGAGUUAAGUACAAAAUGAAAAAUCUAGUUUUGUAUUCACUGAACCUGAACAGAGGUCAUCACCUGCUUGUAGCUGACUUGGAACAACAAACUAUUCUGGGUUAGAAUAAAAUAAGUAGAACAUUAUGGUCAGCAAAUGCUUCACAUGCGAAUACAACUGGUAACAUUGCACAUAUAUCAGGUCAUGACAUUGAACAUGAUGGAGCCAAGUUACUCCUGAUUUCCUCGCACCAUACUGUCAAGACUUCUGUUUCACUUCAUGCUUUCCAUAAUCUAAUGAUGGCUCAACAAAAUGCUUUGUAAAUAUUAACAGCUUCUAAAAUGCGCUGCCUGCCUUGGGAGCUGACAGAAGGUCAAAAGACCAGUGGACAGUUCAGCUCUGCCUUAAUUAGACAUCAGUCUCUCAUUAAAUAUGUUUACAGAUUCACUGUGUGUUAAACUGUCUGCAUUUAUGAAAACUUACAAGAAUUGUUUUAAGUCAAGACUAGUGCCAGUCAGGUGCCGCUAUUAGGUGGUAUGACCUUCAGAAUUAAAAUAUCCAAGGUUUUGGGACAAA